CGCGCUCUCUGUUGUUGUUAUGCCAGUAUGCUGCCUUAAUACAAAAAGUUAGACAUGUUUCUUUUAAGAGAAAAAUACAGUUUUUGAAUCAGGUCAGUAAAUAACUGUUAUAUUCUCAUCCUUACAGUCGUGACUAAGUUAUGAAUCAAGCAGGAAUAUCUGGAGAAGUAUCAUCUGAACUGAGAUCUGCUGCUGUGAAGAUGGAGUUUAUUAAAGAAGAGAGUGAAGAGAACACGAGUGAACCAGAAACCUGCAGAAUAAAACACGAGGAACCAGAAACACUGAGAAUAAAACACGAGGAACCAGAAACCUGGAGAAUAAAACACGAGGAACAAGAAACCUGGAGAAUAAAACACGAGGAACCAGAAACCUGGAGAAUAAAACACGAGGAACCAGAAACCUGGAGAAUAAAACACGAGGAACCAGAAACCUGCAGAAUAAAACACGAGGAAUCAGAAACCUGGAGAAUAAAACACGAGGAAUCAGAAACCUGGAGAAUAAAACACGAGGAACCAGAAACCUGGAGAAUAAAACACGAGGAACUAGAAACCUGGAGAAUAAAACACGAGGAACCAGAAACCUGGAGAAUAAAACACGAGGAAUCAGAAACCUGGAGAAUAAAACACGAGGAACCAGAAACCUGGAGAAUAAAACACGAGGAACCAGAAACCUGGAGAAUAAAACACGAGGAACUAGAAACCUGGAGAAUAAAACACGAGGAACCAGAAACCUGGAGAAUAAAACAUGAGGAACUAGAAACCUGGAGAAUAAAACACGAGGAACCAGAAACCUGGAGAAUAAAACACGAGGAAUCAGAAACCGGGAGAAUAAAACACGAGGAACAAGGAGAAUUAAUUGAAGAAAAAGAGGAGAAUGAAGAAUCAAAUGAAGUUGAGGAGAAAAAUCACGUCAAAACUGGAGGAAAACCAAUUAGUUGCACUCAAACCAAACAGAAAGAUUUAAAGAAAAAAAGUGUCAAGAAAUCUUUCACCUGCACUCAGUGUGGAAAGAGAUUCACACACAAAACAGGUUUUGAGCGUCACAUGAGAAUUCAUACUGAAGAGAAACCAUUGUCUUGUGAUCAGUGCAGGAAGUGUUUCAAACAAUUCGCAAACCUGAAGAUACACAUGAACAUCCACACUGGAGAGAAGCAGCACGCAUGUGAUCAAUGCGGUAAAAUGUUUUUAUGGGCUUCACUUCUGAAGAAACACUUAAAAGUUCAUGCAGAGGAGAAGCCACAUCCAUGUCAUUUGUGUGGUAAAAGGUUUUUGCAUCCACAAAGUUUGAAAGUACAUAAGAAAACACAUACUGCUGAUACAGAGUACAUGUGCUUUGAGUGUGAAAAGACUUUUAGUUCAGUGAGCAGUUUAAAACAGCACCAGAGGAUCCACACUGGAGAGAAACCUUAUAAGUGUGCACACUGUGACAAGAGAUUCAGUCAGUCAUCAAAUCUGAAAACACAUGAGAUGAUCCACACUGGCGAGAAUUCUUAUAAGUGUUCACACUGUGACAAGAGAUUCAGUGAUUCAUCAACUCUGAAAAAACAUGAGAGGAUCCACACUGGCGAGAAACCUUAUAAGUGUUCACACUGUGACAAGAGAUUCAGUGAUUCAUCAACUCUGAAAAAACAUGAGAGGAUCCACACUGGCAAGAAACCUUAUAAGUGUUCACACUGUGACAAGAGAUUCAGUCAGACAUCAAAUCUGAAUACACAUGAGAGGAUCCACACUGGCGAGAAAUCUUAUAAGUGUUCACACUGUGACAAGAGAUUUAGUGAUUCAUCAACUCUGAAAAAACAUGAGAGGAUCCACACUGGUGAGAAACCUUAUAAGUGUUCACACUGUGACAAGAGAUUCAGUGAUUCAUCAACUCUGAAAAAACAUGAGAGGAUCCACACUGGCAAGAAACCUUAUAAGUGUUCACACUGUGACAAGAGAUUCAGUCAGUCAUCAAGUCUGAAAACACAUGAGAGGAUCCACACUAGAGAGAAACCUUAUAAGUGUUCACACUGUGACAAGAGAUUCAGUAAUUCAUCAAAUCUGAAAACACAUGAGAUGAUCCACACUGGCGAGAAACCUUAUAAGUGUACACACUGUGACAAGAGAUUCAGUCAGUCAUCAAGUCUGAAAAGACAUGAGAGGAUCCACACUGGAGGGAAACCUUAUAAGUGUUCACACUGUGACGAGAGAUUCAGUGAUUCAUCAAAUCUGAAAAAACACGAGAGGAUUCACACUGGAGAGGAACCGUAUCACUGCAUUGUACGUGGGAAGCAUUCAAUUCAGUCAUUUGUUAUACACAGUCAUAUAAAACAAUCACAGUAAGGCCCCGUACAAAUGGAGACACGUUUAGCUGUAUAUGUACAUUUUUCCUGUGGUAUAUGUGUUUUGUCCAGACAAAUCCGGUGUUUUGGGAGAGUGAAAUCCCUAUUUCUUGAAACCGGGUCCCAGA